AUGGGCGAAGAGACGUGUUAUAUUUGCAACGAUAAAUCCACCGGCAAACACUAUGGAGCGAUCAGUUGUGACGGAUGCAAAGGAUUUUUCAGACGGAGCAUUCGCAAGAGGUAUCACUAUGUGUGCAGAUUUGAAAAGGAUUGCGACGUCACAAGAAGUACGUUUGCCUCUUUCCCUCUCUAUUUUCCAGAAUAUUUACAAGAACUUGCUAUACUUUUCAGACAAACGGAAUGCGUGCAGAGCGUGUCGACUUCAGAAGUGCGUCAAGGCGGGAAUGAAGAGCAAUGCGAUUCAGAACGAGCGCGAUGCGAUUGGAAAGAGAAAAAAACCGAACGAAGCGGAGAAAGAGGACCUUAUUGAUCAGCUAGUCGGUGCAGAACAGAUGUGUCAGCAGUUGAGGUCCAGUGUCAUCAAGAACACUUCAUUGGUGAGUGCGUGGCGGCGACCAUGGAACCCUUCGAGUUUGUGGCUCUGUCCGAAUUCUCUCCUAUUGCCACAUACACUGUCUGAAUCCGAAUAAUUCUAAAAAAUUAGCACACAUAUUAUAGGGACACCGCACAGAAAUGGCGCUCUGUUGAGAAACUCUUUUUGCAGUGCAAAUUGAGCGACCGCGGGGCCGAGUUUGAAAAGUUAGGCCACAUUUUCAGUGAAAAAUUACUGCGCGGCCUUGAAAUUCGGUCAAAUUGCGAACAGCGCGCCCUUUCUGUCCGGUGCCCCUACAAUACAUAAGAGACAUUUCAGACAGACCCACGAACUUGGAGGGAUGGAGGGUUCCCUGGUCUUUUAAAUUAAAAAAACCGUGCCCCCCCCAGCAAGCCAUUUCGAUUCGAUUCUAGUUCGAUCCUCUUGUUUUCCAGGCAACGUACGAUUGCGGAAAAGUGAAAUGGAAUUACGAGGACGCGCGAGCAGCGACUCUCGACGACAUUGGCAAGUCGAUUCACCAGCAACUCGUGCUCUUCAUCGAAUGGGCCAAAUCGCUGACGCAGUUUCUGAUGCUCGCGCCAGUCGAUCAGGCGGCUCUGCUGAAGGGCGGCGCCGCGUCGAUCAUUGUGCUCGGAGUCUCGUACAGAUCGAUCCACAUUCCGGGCGAGAACGAGAACAACUCGAUCUACCUGGCGAAUGACACGCUGCUCGGGAAGGAGCACGCGACGACCGUCGGCGAUAUAAAGUGAGUCUUUUUGGAGUCGCCCCCCGCGUUGCCACGUCAUCAUCCCUUCAGUCAUUUCAGCUGUGUCGUCGGCAGAAUCAUCGACGAGAUUGUGAAUCCGAUGCGAAGACUGAAGAUGGAAGUGGACGAGUACGUGGCUUUGAAGGCCAUCCUGUUCUUCAAUCCAGUCGUCAGAGGCAUUCAAAACUACGGACCCGUCGAAGAGGCGCGCUUCUCGUGCUUGAGGGCACUUCAGCGAAGGUGAGUGCGCUGGAGCGAGAUUGCAUUCACGUGAGAACUCGUUCAGGUGCACCGACAAAGCACUGGAGAACAUGGAGGACGAGGCGGCGGACUGCAGAAGCGGCAAGCUCCUGCUCCUCCUGCCAUCGCUUCAAGUGAUCGCACAACAGCUGGUGGAAGACGUGCAACUCGCCCGUCUCUUCGGACUCGUCAACGUGGAUUCGCUGAUGGAAGAGCUCAUUCUGAACGACCUGAAACCCUCGGAUCCGCAGAUUCUCCAGACGAGUCUCUCCUCGCCGGUCGACUCGAUCAAAGCAGAAUUGUUAGACGUCGAAGAUUGA